AUGACAUCAUCAAAGUCAGCCAAUGAGAAAAUCGCGAUUAUUACAAAUAUGGCCGCCACUGAUGUUUCAUUUUUUUUCCCCCUCUUCUCUCUUUUUCCACUUUCAUCAAUUUUUCUGUACUUUUCUUUCUCGCCAUCAUUUAGUUGCUUUCUCUUUUACAUUUCUCGUUCUUUUUGUUUCUUUUUCAUCAUACUUUUGUUUUCUUUUCUUUUUCUUUCAUCUCUAUUGUUCGUCUUUUUUUUUCUAUCACUUUUUUUUUCCAUUUUUUUCUUUUUCGUCUAUUUUCUAAUUCUUUCUCAUCUUUUUUCCUUUUCCAUUUCUAUUUCUUUUUCUAGCACUCCUUUUCUCUUGUUCUAUCUUUCAGUCUUAUCUUUUUUUCUCUCUUUUGUUCCUAUGUUUUGUUUCUCUUUUCCCCCAUCUCUCAUUCUUUUCUACUUCUGCUUCAGGCUUUCUUUUUCAUCUUUUUUCUCUCUAUUUUCCAUUUUUCAACGUAUAUUUCUUUUUCUAUCUCUCUUUCUCGCUUUUACCUUAUCCGUUUUUCAUCUUUUUCUUUUUUUCAUUUCUCUUUCACCACCACUCUUUCUUUUUUUUACUUGUUUUAUUUUUCCAUCUUUUUUCAUCUUUCUUUCUCUCUUUUUCCCAUUUUUUUCCUUUUCCGUCUCACCUUUUCAACAGUCUUUCUUUUUCUAUCGCUUUUUUCCAUCUUUCUUCUUCAUUUUCCUUUCUUUUUUUCCGCCAUUUUUCUUUUCUACGUCUUUUAUUUUCUUUCUCUCUUUUUUCUGUCUUUUCACAUCUCUCUUUUUUCUUUCCAUUUUUCCAUACUUCUUUCUUUUUUCUUCUUUUCACUCGUCUCUUUUUCUCCCUUUCUCUUCUUUAUAUCUUUUCUUCCGUCUCUUUUUCUCUCUUUUAUUUCACUCUUUGUGUUUCUCCACGCCUGUUGAGCACUUUUCUGGAACGGGUGUAAAAUUCCGCAUUGUGAAAAAAAAAAAAUGCCAAAAAUCUCUUGAGAGGCCGAGAUGA